GGAAUUCCGGGAGAUGGGCCGGAGGAAAGUAGGGGUCUGACUCAGACGGCGGAUUCGGAGCCCCGAGUAAGGGGGACACUGGGGGAGGGCAACUGGGGAGAACCCCCGCCCCGGGACCCAGGAUGCCCACCUCCGCCCCCGGCGCCGAGUACUGGAUUGACGGCUCCCACCGGGACACCGCCCUGCGCGAUUUCUACACCGUGGGCCGGGAGCUGGGCAGGGGUGCCACCUCGGUGGUGUUCUGCUGUGAAGACAAAGGGACACGGGAACCCUAUGCUGCCAAGAUCCUGAAGAAGACAAUUGACAAAAAGAUCAUAAGGACCGAAAUUGGAGUUUUACUGAGGCUCUCACAUCCAAAUAUCAUCAAGCUGAAGGAGAUCUUUGAAACGCCCUCCGAGAUUGCUCUGAUUCUUGAGCUGGUGACGGGAGGAGAACUCUUUGACAGGAUUGUGGAACGGGGCUUCUACAGUGAGCUAGAUGCUGCCCAUGUGGUCAAGCAGAUCCUGGAAGCAGUAGCGUAUUUACAUGCGAACGGAGUCGUCCACCGGGACCUGAAGCCCGAAAAUCUCCUGUAUGCAGAUCUCUCUCCAGAUGCUCCUUUAAAAAUAGGCGAUUUUGGGUUGUCCAAGAUUGUGGAUGAACAAGGCACCAUGAAGACCAUUUGUGGAACUCCAGGAUAUUGUGCUCCUGAAAUUCUCCAUGGGGGGCCAUACGGACCUGAAGUGGACAUGUGGUCAGUGGGAGUCAUAACCUACAUCCUGCUAUGCGGGUUCGAGCCGUUUUUCGACGCCCGAGGAGAUCAGUACAUGUACAGCAGGAUCCUGAACUGUGACUAUGAGUUUAUUUCACCCUGGUGGGAUGAGGUCUCGCUCAACGCCAAGGAUCUGGUUCAGAAACUGAUCGUCCUGGACCCACAGAAGAGGCUCACUGUGCAUCAGGCCCUAGAGCACCCCUGGGUUACGGGCAAAGCAGCUAAAUUUGCCCACAUGGACAGCACCCAGAAGAAACUACAGGAGUUCAACGCCCGACGGAAGUUGAAAGCCGCGAUGAAAGCCGUCGUUGCCUCCAGCCGGCUGGGAAACCAUGGGCAUCACGACGGCUCCAGGAACAGCCGGGGACACGUUGGUACCAAAGAAACCUGUAGUCCUGUGGGCGGCUGGAUCUCUGGCCCGCCAGAGGAGGCAGGGAACAAGAGCAGUUUGGCCAAGUCUGAGGGCCUCGAAGCCUCCCAGAAAGAGGGUCCUGCUGCUUCCCAAGUUGUUUCCAACGGGGCCGGCUGUGAAAACUGACAUCAUGUGGUGCUACUGGAGCUGAUUACCUGACUCUAGAAUUUUAGUUCUUCUGAGAAAAAGAAUAUUUGCUCAUAAAUUUCCAUCUAUACUUUACCUGAAAGAGAAAGGACCUCAGCCCAGAUGAUUAUAAAUUCAGCCUUCAGUGCUAAGCUAGGCUUUUAAGAUGCAUCUCCUGCUCACAUAUGGAUGUAUCUAGCCACAUUUAGAUAAGCAGUGUUUUGUUUCCAUAUCGUCCCUUAGCUAACUUCACAACUGUUCAGCUACUGCUGCAUUCUUGAAUACUUUUUCCUCGAGAACCUUAGAAAUCUGUGGGCAUUUUUACUGAAUCUUAUGAGCCCACUUUUUCCAUGAAGAAAUUCUAAAUAUCGUGGGUUAUCCCCUUUUUCCUAUGCUGCAAAUCUUUUUGCUAAGAGUAUGAAACAUUAAUGUAUCCAGGUUCCCUGAUGGUAAGUGAAAAGCUUCCAUACCCUGCUGUAUAGCAUAAACAGUCCCAUAAAUUAUUGUUGAGAUGACAUUUUAGAAUGGCACUACAAAAACAAUACUUUGAGCUUUACUUCCUUCAGCUGCAUUAUCCAGUCACAUUAUUACAGGCAUGCUUGUAAAAAUGAUUGAUUCAAGCCUGAAAACCAUGUCAUUGCAAGAGAAUGAAAUAGAUAAAUAGGGCCAAUUUGAUCAUUCAUGUGUUCAGAGGAUUAUAUAAAAGGGCUUAUAAUUGACCCAUUUCAGUUUUGGCUUAGCUUAAGUGUUAGCUGUGCCGAUGGAAAUCUGCUCAAAUGGGACGGAGGUGAAGUUAUAGAGUUAUAGGGAAGCAGCAUGGCCUAGUGGAUAGACCAUGGGCCUAGGAGUCAGAAGGACCUGGGUUCUAAUCCCUGC